CACUCAGGAGACGGCGGCAGCGGCUGCGGCGGCUCCCGGUCCCGGGUGCAGGCUGUCGGUGGCACAAUGUGGCGAGUGUGCGCGCGGCGGGCCCGGUGCGCGGCCCCGCGGACAGGUUUCAUAAGUCCGGCCGCAGCCCCGAGGGAAGCCCCCAGCGGACUGGCCCCAGUCCCAGCCGCGAUCCCGAGGCUUGCCCGUUCUUCCCAUAGUGGGAUUGGGGCGCUGCAGGGCUGGGGUCCUAGCUCUGGCUCCGCGGCGGUGCCGCGGGCCCGUUCGCUGCUGCUACAGCUCUUGGGGACGCCGGGCCGACGUUGGUACAGUUUUCCUCCGCACCAGAAGGUUCCUUUGCCUUCUCUUUCCCCCACAAUGCAGGCAGGCACCAUUGCCCGCUGGGAGAAAAAAGAAGGUGAAAAGAUCAAUGAGGGUGACCUUAUAGCAGAAGUUGAAACAGACAAAGCCACUGUUGGAUUUGAGAGCUUAGAAGAGUGCUACCUGGCUAAGAUAAUUGUUCCAGAAGGUACCAGGGAUGUUCCAAUUGGAGCAAUCAUCUGUAUCACAGUUGAAAAGGCAGAGGAUGUGGAUGCAUUUAAAAACUAUACGCUGGAUUCCACUGCAGCCGUUCCUCCACCAACCUCCACAGCACCUCCCCCUGCUUCUGUGGCUUCACCUUCUGCCCAGGCUCCAGGGAGCUCAUAUCCUACUCAUAUGCAGGUCCUGCUACCUGCCCUCUCUCCCACCAUGACUAUGGGUACAGUUCAGAGGUGGGAGAAGAAGGUGGGUGAGAAAUUGAGUGAAGGAGACUUGCUGGCUGAGAUAGAAACUGACAAAGCCACAAUAGGUUUUGAAGUACAAGAGGAAGGAUACCUGGCAAAAAUUCUUAUCCCUGAAGGCACAAGAGAUGUCCCUCUAGGAACUCCCCUUUGUAUUAUUGUAGAAAAGGAAGCAGAUAUUGCUGCAUUUGCUGAUUAUAGACCAACUGAAGUAACUGAUAUAAAACCCCAAGCACCACCACCCACCCCAACCCCGAUGGCUGCUGUUCCUCCUACUACCCCACCUACAACCACUGUACCUUCAGCCACCCGUCCAGCUGCUCUUCCCAGUACAAAAGGAAAAAUAUUUGUGAGUCCUCUUGCAAAGAAAUUGGCAGCAGAGAGAGGAAUUGAUCUUGCACAAGUGAAAGGAACAGGUCCAGAUGGCAGAAUCACCAAGAAAGACAUUGAGUCCUUUGUGCCUUCAAAGGCUGCUCCUGCUCCUCCUCCCACAGUUGCCAUCCCCUCACCACCUCCAGCAGUGGCAGCAGUUCCUACUGGAGUUUUCACAGAUAUCCCAAUUAGCAAUAUUCGUAGAGUUAUUGCUCAGCGUUUAAUGCAAUCCAAACAAACAAUACCUCAUUAUUAUCUUUCUAUUGAUGUAAACAUGGGUGAAGUUUUAGAAGUACGGAAAGAACUCAACAUGACAUUGGCAGGAAACAGUAAGAUUUCUGUUAAUGACUUCAUUAUUAAAGCUUCAGCUUUGGCCUGUUUGAAAGUACCUGAAGCUAAUUCUUCUUGGAUGGACACAGUUAUAAGGCAAAAUCAUGUUGUUGAUGUUAGUGUUGCAGUCAGUACCCCUUCUGGACUCAUCACACCCAUUGUAUUUAAUGCACAUAUAAAAGGACUAGAAUCCAUUGCUAAUGAUGUAGUUUCUUUAGCAACCAAAGCACGGGAGGGUAAACUUCAGCCACAUGAAUUCCAGGGUGGUACUUUUACCAUCUCUAAUUUAGGUAUGUUUGGGAUUAAGAAUUUCUCUGCCAUUAUUAACCCACCUCAGGCAUGUAUUUUGGCGGUUGGUGCUUCAGAGAAUAGGCUAGUUCCAGCAGAUAAUGAAAAAGGAUUUGAUGUAGCCAGCAUGAUGUCUGUUACACUCAGCUGUGAUCAUCGGGUAGUGGAUGGAGCAGUUGGAGCUCAGUGGCUUGCUGAGUUCAAAAAAUACCUUGAAAAGCCUAUCACAAUGCUGUUAUAACUACCUUAAGCAAUUUCUACUCUAUCCCAGUCACAUUGGUUAUUCUUAAUAUUUAUAUGUGUCAGUUAAACAAAGAUGGUUCCUUUUUUAUUUUAAGUUAGCCAAUUAUUUUUAUUAUCCAUUUUGUAUAGUUAAGUUAUUUGUAAUAGGCAUUAUUGAAUUUCAUGAACUUUAAAUGCCAAUUACAACUAGUCAUUGUGCAAAUUUUAAAUAAAAUAUGCAUUCAAAUUCUGUGUGCUCCCAAGUUAAAAGGUACAUGGCCUCCAACCCCUCAGUAGUUAGCAUUUUCAUUGGGAAAUGCAGUAAAUUAACAUUUUUUUGGGUGGUGAUGGGAAAGAUGUUAAAAUUCCAGUUUCUUUGGAAUUUAAGUUUUAUUUAGUUUUCUUCGCCACCCAAUCCCUUGUCAAUGUAGGGGGAAUUAAAGCCUCAUCAAAAAUAAAGUCAUAAAACAGUUAACUUUUUAAAUUUGCUAAAAAAAAAUUGGACCAUCUAGUUUUGAUUGUUUCCUUUUACAUUUUUCUAUUAAAUUUGAUGUAAACAGUUUUCCAUCUUGUAAUGAAGACAGCAUGAAAUGUGAGCAGAUUUUGUAGAACUGAAGUGAAAGGUCAGAAUUUCAUACUUGUACUUGACACUUGCAUUCAUCAGACUGUUACAGCUGUAGGAGUAGAAGCCUUUUAUAGCAAAAGUAAUUGAUAAUUUGUAAGUAAACUCUCCAUAGUCCUGCAUCUUUGGAAAAUUACACCGAAUAAUAUUAUGUACAUAUGUAAGAUGCUGGUCACUUAUGUUGGACAUGUGCCAAAAUCCAUUCAUUGUCAUGUCCAAUCUGAAAAAAAUAAGAGGGAGAGGGAAUAGUGAACCAUUGGAAAUGUUUUUUAAAAGAAGAGUCAUGUAUUAAUUGGUCAGUGAUUUCACUAGAAAGAAAAAAACGUUAAAUGUUUUUUAAAAAGUUAUUUUGUACUGUUUUGAGUUGUCUUACAUAAAAUAAGAAUGCACUAAAAGUCCUCUGUGAAGAAGUGUGUCUUAUGGUGAGCAAGUAAAUAUUUUACUCCAAUUGGUUAUAGUUGCUUUAUUUUGGAAGGGGGUUGGGGUUAUGUACAGGAUAAUUGAAAAUAAUUGGAAAUUAGAUCAAUUCCAGGCUUUCUGUUGAAUCAUUGUGUUUUAAUAAUUGUUUGGAAUUGUUAAUGACUAUUUAAAAUAAAUCUGACCACUGCUUC